UCUGCUCUGUGGGUGGAAGUCAUUUUUUUCAUCCAGACUCCAGGCUGGGAGGGAAGAGCGGAGGAAUAAUGGAGGAUCUGGGUCUUUCUGAGGACAAGGAGCAGCUUCUGUAGCGGAGAGCAGCGGCUCCUUCAGGUCUCUGACGGACCAGGAAUGCCCGCCUGAGGCGCAGCGCCGACGACAACGUUCCUUCGUUCCGCGUUGCGCUCAGCCUCCUCAUUAUGAACCACACCCCCAGCCCCCACCUGUCUGACGGCGGCAAGUCGGCCGGAGGCAGCCUCCUCUGCAGCAUGGGUCUGGGGUCAGACAGAGGGGUCCGCUCUCCGGACAGCCUGGCUCACACUCCCAGCCCCACAACGCCCAGCUCCAGCCCCCCGCUGCUGCUGUCCCCUGGACUGGGAGGCCUCGGCCUGGGUUCUCUGGGAGAGGCAGCAGGGGGGGACUGGGAAACCAGAGAGGAGCUGAGGCUCAGGGAGCUGGAGGAAGCUCGGGCCAGGGCAGCGCAGAUGGAGAAGACCAUGAGGUGGUGGUCCGACUGUACGGCCAACUGGAGGGAGAAAUGGAGUAAGGUCCGUGCUGAGCGGAACCGAGCCCGGGACGAGAUCCGGCAGCUGAGGCAGCGGCUGGACAUCCUGACCAAGGAGCUCACCGGGGUCCGGAGGGAGCGGCAGGAGCUCGCCGCCGAGAACGAGGCACUGCGACAGGAGACCCUGUGCCUCCGGGGAGACGGAGCAGCUCCCCCUGCUGAGAGGACGCCCUCCGACCCUUUGUCGCCCCACCAUCACAGUGCCUCCUCUGCGCCCCCCUCCUCCCCUGCGUCUCCCCUCGCUUCCUCUGAGGUCGUAGCUGACUCUAAGCCAGAGGAGGGGUCCCCAGGAUCCCCGGAAGCAGAACCAGUGAGGGACGUUGACCUGGACGGACAGAAGAUGGGUCAGCAGAAGGACACAGAACUGCUGGAAUCGGUUUUGCAUUGUGGGACAGCCGCUUCUGACAGCCAGGACUCCUGGAACAGUCGUGGCAUCAGUGCAGCCGGGUCGCGCUCAUGCUCGUGUUUGGGCCGGCAGGACCGGAACCGGCAGCUGUGGGAGGACGUGAGCCCGGCAGAGGAAGACUCCAGCAAGCUCAACGCCCUGCAGCUUCGUCUGGACGAGUCCCAGAAAGUCCUGCUGAAAGAGAGAGAAGACAAGAUGGCGCUGAGUAGGAGCAUCGAGAGGCUGGAGGCGGAACUCAGCCAGUGGAAACUGAAGUAUGAGGAGCUCAGUAAGAGCAAACAGGAAGCCCUCAAACAGGUAGGAGUCUGGCUGAUGCUGCAGCCGCUGACCUUUAUUCAACCAUCGUUCCCAUGGAAACGCUUGACCAGCAUUUGCCUCCUUAGCUUUAUGGUGCUGGUGGAGAUUCUCAGUCAUCCAGGUCAUUGUCAUUCCAAAAAGUUAAACGAUCUACUGGAGUUGGUUUCCAAGUUUGAAGAUGUUUCUCUUCCAUCCACGAAGCUUUUUCAAUUCAAAAUGUCAGGAAUAGGUUCCACGCAGCUGAAGCUCCUAAUUGAUGAUGCGGUCCUGGAUGGAAGCACUGCAUCUGGAGAGCUGGCAGAUCUUCGCCACAUUCACGCAAAGCUCAAGAAGCAGCUCCAGGAGAAGACGGCAGAGCUGGCCCACGCCAACCGGAGGGUGGAGAGCCACGACGCCGAGGUCAAGAAGCUCCGUCUGAGGGUGGAGGAGCUUAAGAAAGAACUGGGACAAGCAGAGGAUGAGCUGGAUGAGUCUCAUAACCAGAGCAGGAAGCUGCAGCGAUCUCUGGAUGAGCAGGUGGAGCAGACGGAGAACCUGCAGGUCCAACUGGAACACCUGCAGUCAAGGCUGAGGCGGCAGCAGCAGAGUCCCAGUCUGUUUGGAAAGAUCCGAUCCGCUCGCUUCGGGACGGAAAACGCGGAUGGGCCGAGAAAUGACAUCGAUGACGAAGAGGAGGAGCUGCAGCUGCAGAUUCCAUGACCGAUCCACAAACCGCCAUGAACAUCAGGAGAUGUUCCUAGACUGAAGUCCAGAUCCUGGUCCGCCCGACACCGGCUGGUUCUGAUCCAGCUGCAGCAUUCUUAGGAUGCCAAACAAAGCCACUCGGAAUGAUUCAGCAAAAACCAGCAAUGGUCAUAAAAUCACCGACCAAUCAGAGCCUUUCUUUAGACCUCACCCUAAACAAAGCGCCUUCAUCAUUGGAAACAUAGAUCCACAACACGCAGAUGACACCCGUGGUUCCACCUCCAUCAUAGCGUUUGAUAAAAGCAGAACCUCUGAUAUGGAUCUGAUGGAUCUAACAGGUCUGAUGAUCUAACAGGUCUGAUGGAUCUAACAGGUCUGACAGGUCUGAUGAUCUAACAGGUCUGAUGGGUCUGCAUCAUUUCUUUCUGUUUGAUUGUUUGUAAAAACACCAUAUUUUUGCCCCUAAACUCCAAACCCAUCAUUUCCAGUCUGAACAGCUGGCUUAGUUGUCAGGGUGAGGUCAAAGGUCACCCCCCUGGGACAUGAACACGGGAUGCUUCAUUAACUGUAGAUCUAUAGUGAUUCCCAGUCCCCCGUUUGGAUCAAGCCAAGGAGCGACGCUGAGCAAGGAGAGCCGGUCCAUCACAGUGUUAGCUUGGAGCUGAUGAGUUUAAUGUUCAGCCAUGGUGUCUGCUCCACAUUCAGCUCACUCUGCCACUGAAGGAGGACCAAUCUCUUUGUAUGGAUCUAUAUUCUGUAUUUUUACUAUUUAUGCUGCUCUUAUAAGCGUGUUUUUCUAAAGUUGUGUAUGCAGUCGUUUCUAUCAGCUCUAUAAAUGUCUUUAA